UGUUCGAGUUGAUUAGGGAGAAGCAAAGAUGGCGGCGGCUGGAGGUGGCGGGGAUUUGGACGCAGGAGGCCACGGCGACGCAGAUGUCAACCACCCUGGCCUGGAGGGCGAGGCGGGGCCAGACUCGGAGCCUGACUCGGAGGUGUUUUCGUGCGUGGCCCACUGCUCCGACCUCGCCUGCCGCCAGAACGAACAGCGGCGGUUAGGCCUCUUCUGUGACGUCACGCUAGCCUUCAGUGGCGGCAGCAAUGAGGAGGAGGAGGAGGAAGAGGAGGGGGGAGUGGGCGGGGCCUCCUCCGGCUCCGACCCCCCGCCGCGAGAGUUCCGGGCGCACCGCUCGGUCCUGGCAGCGGCCACCGAAUACUUCGCUCCUCUCCUUCUGGGCGACUUCGCGGAGUCCCGCUCGGGGCGGGUAGAGUUACGCAAAUGGAGUUCGGGAGCGGGACCAGACCCGGAGACGAUCGAGGCGGUCAUCAGCUUCAUGUACACGGGGACGGUUCGCGUCAGUCCUGGCAACGUGCACGAGGUCCUGGAGUUGGCUGACAGGUUCUUACUAAUACGUCUAAAAGAGUUCUGUGGGGAAUUCCUCAAGAAAAAACUGAGUCUCUCCAACUCUGUAGCCAUUCACAGCUUAGCUCAUAUGUACUCUUUGAACCAACUGGCUUUAAAAGCCGCUGAGAUGAUCAGGAGGAACUUCUACAAAGUCAUCGAAGAUGAAGAGUUCUAUACUUUGCCAUUUCACCUUAUUAGGGACUGGCUUUCAGAUUCAGAAAUCACAGUCGAUGCAGAAGAGAUUCUCUUUGAAAUGGUUUUAAAGUGGGUCAAGAGAAAUCCUGACGAAAGAGAAAAGUACUUUGGAGAGCUCUUUAAGCUUCUCCGACUAUCACAAAUUAAAGCAACCUAUUUGACUCGGCAUGUUAAAUCUGAAAAGCUGGUAUCAAGCAAUGAAGCAUGCCUCAAACUUGUGUUGGAAGCAGUGGAAAGCCAUGCUCUCAAGGGUGAAAAUUUUCAGCUGGGUACACUCCAGCAAGUUAACUCCCCCAUCUCAUCUCUGCCUCGUUUUGGCCAAAACAUGGAUGUUAUCAUGGUCAUUGGUGGUGUGUCUGAGGGAGGUGAUUACUUGAGUGAGUGUGUGGGGUACUUUAUUGAUGAAGAUAGAUGGGUGAAUUUACCACACACACACAAUCACCUUGAUGGACAUGCUGUGGUAGUAACCGAAUCCUACCUUUAUGUGGCAGGUUCCAUGGAGCCUGGCUUUGCCAAGACCAUGGAAAGAUAUAACCCAAGUAGAAAUGUUUGGGAGCAGGUUUCCAAUCUGAUAACCAGGAAGCAUUCUUUUGGACUUACUGAGGUAAAGGGAAACCUGUACAGUAUUGGUGGCCAUGGGAAUUUUAUCCCUGGUUUUAAAGAUGUAGCUGUCUACAACCCUGAUCAAGAUAAGUGGCACAACUUGGAGUCUGCACCAAAGAUACUCCGGGAUGUUAAAGUGAUUACAAUAGACAACAGGUUUGUUUACAUGGCAGCUCGCACACCAGUUGACGGAGAUAAUGAAGAUGGCUUAAGGUCUGUCAUUAUUCGUUAUGAUGCAGACACACGACAGUGGCGAGAUUGUGAGUCUCUGCCACUCCUUGACAACUAUUGCUGCUUCCAAAAGGUUGUGGGGAACACCAACUUUUACCACACCGCUUCAUGUUGUCCCAGAAGCUAUCCUCUAGAUCAUGAAGAGGCCAAGAGAAAAAUCUCUAACCAAGUAUCUGAUGACAUUCUGGAAAGCUUACCAUCAGAGGUUCUUAGCAUUGAAGGGGCGGCUAUCUGCUAUUAUAAAGAUGAUAUCUUCAUCAUAGGUGGAUGGAAGAACAGUGAUGAUACUGAUAAACAGUACAGAAAAGAGGCCUACCGCUACUGUGCUGAGAAGCAGCGUUGGCUGUUACUUCCUCCUAUGCCUCAGCCUCGCUGCCGUGCUACAGCAUGUCAUGUGAGAAUCCCCUUUCGGUCCUUACAUGGUACCCAGAAAUAUCCAAUGCCGCAAAACCUAAUGUGGCAGAAGGACCGGAUCCGGCAAAUGCAGGAGAUACACCGACAUUCCUUAAGUUUACGGAGGAUGCCUCGGUCUCAGAUAGAAUGCUAGCUUGAAUAAAUGAUAUCAGAAAUACAUGUCUGUAAUUGUGAUGCCUGGCAUGGACUAAUAGCCACCAAACUGCUUAAGCAUUGGAGACCAAGCUUUCUUGGUGUUGAAUUUGGUCUGGAUUACAAGCACCACAUGGAAAUUUGGUGUAUAUUAGCCAUAAAUGUGAAGGUAAGCAGACAUAUAAAAUGCUUAGAGCCUGUUGGUUUCUCCAUAGAUGUGAUCCAGAUGAAGAAUCCAACAAAAUAAUCAUUUUUGCACUUUGUGAAUGUGUUCAGGUAAUAUUAAAAAUUCAGCACAACCAUCUUUUUCCCUUACAUUUUUUGUAUUAGGCUUGGGGUUUUUUUGGGGGGUCAUCUCAUCUCAGUUUAAGCAUUAUACACAGGUCAUGUGAAGUAUUUCAGUUUGUUCUAACGUGCUGAUAUAUAUGUAAUGGACCAUUUCACGAUUUUCUUAAGUUUUUUUGCAGAGGCAUUUCUCUUCUGUUACAAAUUUCUCUCUGAUUUGGAGAUGUAAAAUAGCUAAAAUAAAAACUCUUCUAAGAGGAAUAAAGCACAAACUUUCUAAGCACUUCAAAAUGUUCUGUGAUAAUAAGUAUCUUACAGUUUUAUUUAUCUAAAAGCGCUUGAGAUUCUUAAAAUGUAUUAGUUAUAAAUUUUGCUAGUUGAACCAUUCACUAUUAUGUAAUGAAAUAUGUCUGAAUUCCUUAAGAACUUCACUAUAAUUUUUAGUGAUUACUGUUCUUCCUUUCAGUUAGCCCCACUUGUUUUACAUUAAUUUUUUUCAGUUAAGAAUUGUGGCCUUAAAAAAUGAAUGAAAAGACCAAAAAAAUCAUAAUUUAUAAUUGAAGCAAUUGGGAAUUCAUUAUGCAGGUUAAAAUUGUAUAAACCUGGAUAUCGAUAUCUGGGUAAGUAAAUUUCAGUACCAUCUUAUCUAUCUUUGACAAUCAAAUCCAUCUGUCUUAAUAUGAUUACCAUUCUUUGUGUGGACAAUACAGGAUGCAAAGCUGUUCAAUUGGAAAAUUUGCUUGAAUAUUCUUGACUUGAGAGUCCACAUUGUCCAAGUCUUGUCUUUUGGCAGCAUAGAAAAUAUAUUCUCACUCAAAUGAUUGAGAUACUGUAAAUUGUUUACUGCUUUCUCUCCAAUCCUCUAGCCUAGUUGCAUGCAGAAUCCUGUUUUGUAGGUUCUGCUAGUUUUAUGGAAGAUACAGAAUAUAUUCAGAUUAUACAAAUAUAUAUUUUAUUGGUUCAAGGAAUACUGAAGUUUUGGAAUGCUGCAGAGUUGUUCAGGCAGACAAAUUUAUAUAAAACAUUUAUGCAAUAUUUGAUGUUAACUUAUUAAUCCAAGAGAGAAUUUAAUUUUACUUCAUAAAUUAUUUUCCAUUACAGAUAUAAAUACCAAAUAUGUUAACUCAUGAAAUCAUCCUCCUUUAGGUAGAGCACCUCUUCAUCUCCCCUUAUGACCCAUCUCCCAUUAUGGGUCAUAAAUGUGGUAAAUAAAGUUGUAGUGAUGGCAAUAUCUAAGACAGUCUCAGGAAAAAUCAAGACCUGGUGCAUGAGGUCGCCAAAUGGUAUAUAAGUAGAAUCCUCAAAUAUAGAAUUUGCUUCUUCUUCAUCUAUACAUAUUUUCUGAAAAAGAUAUCAAACACUUCAUCUGCUAUUCUCAUCUCUCUUGCAUUUUUUUCUCUUUUAACAAGUUGGAUUUAUUGCUGGGAGCACAAAAAUGAAACAUGAAGAUGAUAUCAGUAUGGAAAAGAUCUGUAUUGGGCAAUAUUAUUAUUGAUGGUGUUUGAUCGGUAAAUAACUAUGUCUUAAAUUUUAGAAGCAUUUUUUAAAAAAAAUUAAAAUAAUGUUACAGACUGACCAAUACUGUUUUCCAAUUUAGCAGGAAACCUAAUUCAUGUCUGAGAUACUGGGGUAAGUGUUGCAAUUGCAUGGUGUGUAGGUUUUCCUAAUUUAUCUUUGCCAUCCUAAUACUACUUUUUAUUAUUUAGCUGUAAGUGGGUGGGGGCAUGGUAAACCUGUGGGCUGCAGUAAUUAUCCUGAUAUCAAAUUAAAACUAACAUGUUCUUGUACCAGAGAGUCACAUACAUUAAUAGUCGUUAUGCCGCUUGCCUGCCUUAACAAUACUUUAUUGUUAACAACCAGCCACUUUUUAUGGUGUAGUAGCUGCUUCAGAAAGCAAUUUAUCUUCUGGAAAUCUUUUGACAUUCCAAAGGUGAAGAGAUCUGAACUCCCUUCUUCAAAACUAUUUUCUGAAGUACUAAUUAAGAAGUACCCUUCUUAAGAACAUUAUCUAGCUCCAAGCCUGGACACAUUUGUGUGGAAAUUUAAAUUUUUUUUAAAUUUGGGAUUACAGCUUUCAGUCUGAUGUUUUUCUUAGAUAUCUCAGUAUUCCUUUUAAAUAUAAUUAAAAUGGAUUAAGUUUACAAUAUAGCCAUGUCCCUAUUAAACAAUUUGAAAUCUUUGUAGUAAGUAUAGUUGGCAUUCAUUGCAAAUCUUUGCCAAAUCACCACAAAUAAGUUAAUAUAUUGAUUAUACUAAUUAAAAUGCUUGUUUAAAAUGCUUAAUAAGUUUAGUCGGGUAAGCUUUGUAUUUUAUAAUCAUAAGUCACUUUGGAUGUUGCUUGUGAAUGAAGUCACAGCUAUUCACAUGCCAUUCUCGGGGAUUUCAGUUUGCAUGUCAAGUUAAGAGCACUCUAUAGCAAGCAAUCGCAUAAUAUAAUAUGUAGCAUGAAAUGUCAAAGUUUCUUAAUGUAGUGUUUGGAUAUUAUGCUAUUAACUUGCUCCCAGGUCUGAAUGCACAACACUGGCUUGUAUGUAAAAAUCUCUUAACUUUACUUAGGCAUGACAACCUUGACAAACUUGCCUUGUGGCAAAGGGAAAUCCUCCAACAGAUUUUAAAAAUAUUUCUGUUUGGAAUUAUUAACAGAUCUAGAUUACGUUCCUUGGCAUAUUUGAGAAUUUCAGUUAAAUAAAUGAGACUUCUGUCUGAGUGAAAAUAAUUAGAAAUACAUUUUGUUAUUUCCUACAACCAAAGGAAUUUGCAGUGGAAAUGUUCAGGGACAGACAGAUUUCAAAGCUACAUAGGGACUUAGGAGACAAUAAUCUUUUUAUAAAUUACUAAUUUUCUGGUUCCACAGUUUGCCUUUAUUUUAUGAUCCUACUGAAGUAUAAUAGAUCUUUUUAUAACAAACAGACAUUAUUACUGCACAGGCACAUAUUCUUCAAAUAUAGUGUUUGAUUUCUUGCUUUUUGUUCAAAGCACCUUUAACAACAAAGCUAAUUAGAUAUAUCAGUACAAUGUUAUUAAGAUAUCGGUAGUCUUCUACUUACAAUUAUUUGGUUAGCAACCGUUCAACGUUAUAACAGCACUGAAAAAAGUGAUCUACAACUAGUAUGCAGACUUAGAACACUCACAGCUUCCCCAUGGUUACCUGAUGAAAAUUCAGGUGUUUAGUAAUUGGCAUGGAGCAUUCCAGGGUCAUGUAAUUGCCAUUUACCAUAUAUUCUUCCCAGCCAGCUUCCUAUAAAUAAAUAUGGGAAGCUGGAUUUGCUUAACUGCGUGAUUCACUUAACUGCAAUGAUUCACAAGAACUGUGGCCAAAGAGGUCAUAAAAUAGAACCCAAUUCACUUAACCACUUUGCUUAAUAAUGGAAAAUCUGGUCCCAAUUGUGAUUGUAUAUCAAGGACUACCUAUAAUCCAUACAGUUUUGUCACAGAUGAUACAUUGGUUGUUUUCAUAACCUCUACAACAAAAAACAGUAUCAAAAAGAUUUUAAGUUAGUCCCAAUUUAACCAAGUGACAGGUAAUUUGCAAUAGUUGCCAUAAAGAAUGACGUUAUAAGUGCCUUUCAUCUUGAACUCACAUAGCGCAAAUGACACUUCAUUUGGGAAGUGUAACUAAGGAGAAGGUGUUCCCCAUUUGAAAGAAACUGGUGGUAUGGGUUGUUCUGUAGUGUUUUAGAAAAGUAUAGAAACAGCUAAUUUUAAGCCUAGUUUUCUCUCCCAUCAAUAGCUUUGCAAUUCUAGCAAGGGGUUAUAUGUUUACAAGGGUUGUAAAUCUGUUAAUAGUACAAAUUGAUACUCAGUUGAUAUGCUAAGCUAAGACUUGUGGAUCUCUUAGUUGCAGGUUUGCAGUUGCCAGCUUCUGGCCUCCUCUGAAUCUGAUUAAAAUAGUAAAAAAUAAAAAACAUAAAAUAUAAAACUUUUUCCAGUAAAAGAAACCAUAAAAUAUCUUGAUUCAUUUUUCUGUUGUGAUCCCAAUUUGCCUUGGGUCUGUUCCUUAAUAAAUGGGUCAGUUCUCAGAGUGCAAUGUAAACUUCAACCCACCCACCCCCAUUCAGUAGAAAUCACUAGAUGCUAUGCUGAAAUCUAAACUUUAUUUUUUUUAAAUGCAAUUCUUUGUUCUAUUACAAUUGUGUAACACUAAACACUAAUUCAAUAAACAUUUUAUUUCUCUA